AUGCGCAUAUCUCAUACCAGUACAGAAAACCUAAGGGAACCCCGAAAGGACAAUUGGGAGAAGAGUAGUAGUGAUAUGUUUGAUGAAUUCACCUAUGAAAAUGAGAAAUUGGAUGAGAUUGAUGGGUACUACACUGUAAAGUCUUCUGAUAAUGAAACCGAUCUAUACGACAAUCUGUGGAAGGAUGAAGUCAGUCCAGCAAUAUAUUUAACAUUAGUUGAGGAAUGGAGAAGAAAGGGAAGAGGCCCACAUCUUCUUCAAAGAAGAGAGCUGCUUGCUCACGAUAGGUUUCGACAAGCUGGUAAGAAACAUAAUGAUGCAGAUGCACUUUCAUGCCAGCAUGACUCCCGGGAAGUCAGUAGUAACAACUUAGAGAUAGAUAACAACGCCCAAAAGUGUAGAGAGUGGUUAUUGUCAUUAGUAGAAUGUGAAGAGUAUUUAGACGAAAUAGAACCAGGUGAGUAUACCGGUUGGAGCGUUGAAGAAAUAGAACUGACAGCACAUGACGAUGGGAAUAGGACGAUAGUGAAUAGAUUGAUAACACUUCCCAAGAAGAGGAAACGUGGUGAGACAUCGAUGAAAAAAGAAGUUAUCGACAAAAAGAAGAAGAAUGUAAAAUUGGAAGAAUGCGUUGCAUUGAAAAAUAACUUACUGGUACGUGUGGUCUCUUUUGAAAAGGAUAGAUAUGGAACUAAGGAUGAACACCUAACGGGGUUCCAAAAAUUAUCGAUGGGCACUGGAGUUGAAUUAGGGUAUACCGAGCCACUAAACAAAGACGCUAUUAAUGCUGAUAGGAAUGCACACCUGGGAAGAAAUUGCAAAGUAAUAACUGUACAACCACUCAAAACCGAUAACAGGCCCUCAAGGUUCAAUUAUGAACCAAAUUGA